AUGGGUUGCAAACAGAUCUCGGGGUGCAGAGCGUCGCGGCGCAGGGCGGGGCUCGCCCCAGUCUUCCUCCUCUGCCGGGGCAGGGGGUGGAGGCAAAGCGAGCAGUCCACGCCCCGCUGCCCGCCCCGGAGUUCGCUCAUUUGAGACGCGGGCGGCGCGAACAUCGGACCCGGGCCCCUGGGCGGGGUCCGCAGCGCGGCGGUCCCGGCCCACACCGUCAGGUGCCGAGCGUGCUGCCCACUGACCGAGGGAGCGCUGGCCCUCCGAGCCGGGUGCGGUGCGCGCGGGGCCCGGCGGCCGCUGCGGUCCAGACUCCCCGAGCUCGCCGAUAGCGGACUCCGUCAGACUCCGGCGUCCUUCCCGGGUGCGACCCUGCGAGGCGGCCGCGAAAACGGAGUAAUUCCGGAUCUCCACCACUGCUUUCUUCAGCCUGAGCUGGGAGAGGUUUGCCGCGAAAACGAAAGUAAAUAACUCUCGGGUGCGUCUCGGCGGAGGCAGCAGUGGCGAGUUCCGCGAACUGGGAUACCGGAAGGGGCGGACCCUAAGGGCACAGCUCUGAGGCUAAGAAAAGGUGGUGUGUUUUUGAGCAUUCUGCGCAUUGGAAGGAAACCAGACAUGUCUUUGGAUGACAUUAAGAUGAAAUCCAGUGACUUCCUGGAUGCGGAGUAUCUAGACAGCGGUGGCUUCGGGAAGGUGUCCUUGUGUUUACACAGAUCCCAUGGGCUCGUCAUACUGAAGAAGGUGUACACGGGGCCUACGCGAACAGAGUACAACGAGUCCCUCCUUGAGGAGGGCAGGAUGAUGCACAGACUGCGCCACGUGCGGGUGGUGAAGCUGCUGGGCGUCAUCCUGGAGGAGGGGAACUACUCCCUGGUGAUGGAGUACAUGAAGAAGGGCAACCUGAUGCACGUGCUGCAGGCCGCGAUCAGCAUCCCCCUUUCUGUAAAAGGAAGGAUAAUUAUGGAGACCAUUGAAGGAAUGUGCUAUUUACAUGGAGAAGGUGUAAUACACAAGGACCUAAAGCCUGAAAAUAUCCUGGUUGAUGACAACUUUCACAUUAAGAUAGCUGACCUUGGCGUUGCGUCCUUUAAGACGUGGAGUAAGUUGACUAAAGAGGAACACAAUGAGCAGAGGAAAGCGGACAGUCUCUCUAAGAAAAACGGUGGCACCCUCUACUACAUGGCGCCCGAGCACCUGAAUGACAUCAACGCCAGGCCCUCGGAGAAGUCGGAUGUGUACAGCUUUGCCAUAGUACUGUGGGCAAUAUUUGCAAACAAGGAGCCAUAUGAAAAUGCUAUCUGUGAGGAGCAGAUGAUCUUAUGUAUUAAAUCUGGGAAUAGGCCAUGUGUGGACGACAUUAUUGAGUACUGCCCAAAGGAGAUUAUCAGCCUCAUGAUGCAGUGCUGGAAGGCGGACCCGGAAUUGCGGCCAACAUUUCCUGGCAUUGAAGAAAAAUUUAGGCCUUUUUAUUCACAUAAUUUAGAAGAAGGUGUAGAAGAGGACGUGAAGAAUUUAAAGAAAGAGUACCCUAGCGAAAGUGAAGUUGUGAAGAGAAUGCAGUCUCUCCAAAUAGAUUGUGUAGCAGAGCCUCCAAGCAGGUCAGACUCAGCCACAGAACAGCCUGGUUCGCUGCACAGUUCACAGGGACUCAGGAUGGGUCCUGUGGAGGAAUCCUGGUUUGCUCCCUCCCCAGACUACCAGCCGGAGGAGAAUGAGUGCAGCCUGCAGAACAAACUCCAGGAGGAAGCCAACUACCAUCUUUUUGGCAGCCGCAUGGACAAGCAAACAAAACAGCAACCCAGACAGGGUGUGGCUUAUAACAGAGAGGAGGAAAGGAGGCGAAGGGUCUCCCAUGACCCUUUUGCACAGCCAAGACCUUAUGAGACUGUUCAAAACCCAGGGAUGAGAGGCUUUGCUUCUUCCAACACAGCCAGUCCUGGGAAUGCAGUACACCAACCAGCUGGAUUGACCUGCCAAUCCCAAGGACUCCCCUGGACUCCAUAUAAUCCAUAUGGUUUUAUAGCAAGACCAUUGGGUGCGGGAACAGUAGAAUCUAGAUUUUGUUCUGGGCCAGAUGCAAACCAGAUACCAGGCCUGCAUAAAACUCCAGUGCCUGAGACCAACCUGCUGGGAAACACUCCCACCAUUCCAUUCAUCUCCCUGACAUCAAGAGAUGAGACUGCAAAAUAUGCCAUAUACAACAGUGCUGGCGUUCAGAUUGGAGACAAUAAUCGUAUGGAGGUUGGAGUGAACUUGCCAUUACUGGAUAGCACAUAUGUGAACUGGGAAGAGCCAGCUUCUAAGUACCAAUAUAUCUUUGAUAAUACCACUAGUCUGACUGAUACACACCUGGACCCAGUCAGGGACAAUCUGGGAAGGACCUGGAAAAAUUGUGCCCGUAAACUGGGCUUCACUGAAUCUCAGAUUGAUGAAAUUGACCACGACUAUGAGAGAGAUGGAUUAAAAGAGAAGGUUUACCAGAUGCUCCAGAAGUGGCUGAUGAGGGAAGGCAGUAAGGGGGCCACCGUGGGAAAGCUGGCCCGGGCGCUCUACCAUUGCUCACGCAUAGACCUUUUGAACUUUUUGGGGUCUAUCAGCCAGAACUAACUAGAGAAGCAGCUUCGGCAGCAUGAAGUCAUCUCCUCACAUAGUGAAUGAGCCACUGAGAGUGGGCUGCCUCACCGAUCUGGGUUCUGUGUCUACACAAAAAUCAUUUCCUGCAUUUAAUAACUGGAAAUGGAAAAGAAACCUACAGCAAACAACACGCUAAAC